ACAGAGACACAUCUGUCCUGCUGGCUGAAAUAUGGCUUCUGAAUUAGCGGGACUCCAAUUUUGUUUUGUGAUUUUAGCAGGAAACCUCUUCCUCCAUACCAACUCGGAGGGUCUGUCGGCUGAUCAGACUCUCCAACCGGCCCUGCAGGAGUCCUCGCUGAUGAAGCCCAAGGUGCUGAUCGCCAUCCUGGCACGCAAUGCCCAGCACAGCCUGCCUUAUUUCUUGGGAUGCAUCGACAGACUGGACUAUCCAAAGGACCGCAUCGCCAUCUGGGCAGCCUCUGACCACAAUGUGGACAACAGCACAGUUGUGCUUCAGGAGUGGCUCAGAGGAGUUCAGCACCUGUACCACUCUGUGGAGUGGAGACCCUCAGAAGGACCCAGUGCUUAUGCAGACGAGGAGGGACCAAAACACUGGCCCACCUCUCGGUUCACCCAUGUGAUGAAGUUAAAGCAGGCAGCACUCAGAGCCGCCAGACGAGCUUGGACAGAUUACAUAUUGUUUGUUGACAGCGAUAAUUUGUUGACAAACCGCCACACGCUCACUGACCUGAUAGCACAGAACCUGACCAUCGUGGCGCCCAUGCUGGAAUCAAAAAACCUUUAUUCCAACUUCUGGUGUGGCAUAACUCCUCAGGGCUACUACAGACGAACCCCAGAGUACAUCCCCAUCAGGAAGUGGAAGCGGCGCGGCUGCUUCGCUGUCCCCAUGGUCCACUCCACUUACCUGCUGGACCUGCGGCGCAGAUCCAGCCAAGAACUGGCCUUCUACCCUCCUCACCCCGAGUACCCUUACCACCUAGAUGACAUCAUGGCCCUCGCCUUCUCCGCCCGCCAAGCAGGGGUUCAGAUGUACGUGUGCAACCAGGAGCACUACGGAUAUUUACCAGUGCCUCUUGACCCAGACCAGACUCUGGAGGAGGAGCAGCAGAGUUUUACCCACACGCUGACCGAGGCACUGAUCGACUACACAAUGGAGCCUUCACAGCACGUGCACACUGCACCUAAAGAAGCCGGGAAGAUGGGGUUUGAUGAGGUCUUUCUGAUCAACCUGAAGCGGCGCUCAGACAGAAGGGAGAGGAUGCAACGCUCUCUGGUCGUCCUCGGCAUUAAUGCCACGCUGACAGAAGCUGUGGAUGGCAAAGCCUUGAACUCCUCUCAGCUACAGUCCAUGGGUAUAGACAUGCUGCCUGGUUACAAAGACCCCUAUUCAGGCCGCGUGCUGACUAGAGGGGAGGUGGGCUGCUUCCUCAGCCACUACAACAUCUGGAGGCAGGCGGUGGAGCAGGAACUACAGCAGGUGCUUGUUUUGGAGGAUGAUGUGAGAUUCGAGCCUGGAUUUCACGGCCGGGUGGUGGCCGUUAUGGACGACGUGGUGAGAGCAGGCCUCGACUGGGACCUCAUUUAUGUAGGCCGUAAGCGACUACAGGUGAAGGAGCCAGAGCUCUGGGUGAAGGGCGUCCGUAACUUGGUGCAUCCAGACUACUCCUACUGGACCUUGGGUUACGUCCUGUCACUGAACGGGGCCAAGAAGCUCCUGCAGGCGAACCCCCUAAACAAAAUGCUGCCUGUCGAUGAGUUCCUACCGGUCAUGUUCAACAAGCACCCCAAUGAUGAGUACAUGCAGUAUUUCGAGCAAAGGGACCUGAAAGCAUUUUCAGUGGAGCCUCUGCUGCUCUUCCCCACACACUACACCGGCGAGCCAGGCUACAUCAGCGACACGGAAACGUCGACCAUCUGGGACGACGAGGCCAAAGAAACAGACUGGGACAGAAAGGGAACUAAACAGAGCCGCGAGCAACAACAUGAGGAAGUGGGAUUUCGACACGCGGCCCACAGUGAGGUGCCCCCGCUGUCUGUCAGGGGCAACAAAGAUGAACUCUGAGAAACAACAAGUCUUGUCAUGUGACAUGUGUCAUGUGUACGGAGCCCCUAUUAAACUCUGUCCCACUUCUUAUUUGUCUUUCCAACACAGAUCAAUGUCUGGUCCCAGAUUUAGACGAUAGCAUGAAUUGAAAUACUGUAUACACUAUCAGCCAUAACAUUAAAACCACUGACAGGCAGAGUAAAUAACACUGACCAUCUUGUGACAAUACAAUGUUCUGCUGGGAAACUUUUUACCUGGCAUUCAUUCAUGUGGAUGUUACUUAGACAUGAAACGCCCUCAUAGCAAUGACACUCUUUGAUGACAGUUUAAAUUACUGGAAUAUUACUGGAAAUGAAGCAGGCGUUUAGCCAUGGUUCCAACAGUAUGCAAGUACAAUGUGCUUGAAGCCAUCCGGUUAGAAUUAAUAAUAAACUUUGUAUUUAUUUUAUUAAGGCUGACGGCCACAUCAUCGCACAGAAAAAAAACACACGCACACUAAUAGAUGACCAACCAUCUUAAGAAUUUUUAUUUAAAAAAAAAGAAAAGAAAAAAAGCACUGGUCAAGCAAACAUAGGAACCAAUUAAUAUUAGUACUGUUCCAUAUCACAAAAUGAAAUUAUUAUUAUUAUGACAAGAAUAAUUAAACCACACAAAUGAUACGUUUCUGAUAUGUAAUAAAUUAAUCAGGAUAACAAAAGAAAUAAAAACAUGCUUGUACUUCGGUGUUGCACAGGAAAUACUAAACUCCAAUGCUGAAAAUUUAAGACACCUGAGAAUAUAAAUAUCAAAACAGCUUGCUGCAGCAAUAAUUUAGUUCCACAGUUCCUCCCAUUUACCUCAACUAAAGCUUUGACAGGAGGAGUUUAAAAAUUACAUUAAUGUAAAAAUUAGGCAUCAAUUUAAAAAACAUCCACGUCUGUACAAUGUGCAUAUUUGAAUUAUUGUGGGUGACGAGGAGAAAGGAUUUUCCCAGCGAGGCAGCGCAGCAAAAAUUAAAUCCGGGGUCGGACAAUGCUCUGCUGUCAUCCAGCCACAUUCAGUGAUAUGAACAAAUACAUUUGGACUGAGCUUUUUUUUGCCAUCAUUGUUUUCAGUGAAUUGACAGGCUGUGGGUAUUUUUUCUUUAAUUUUGUGUUUGGAUAAAGCCUUUUCAGCCUCAGCUUUAGACAGCAGUGGGGGUUCCCUCUUGGUACGUAAGGAGAAGCUGGGCAUUAAUGACAGAAUGUAUCCAGUAGGUUUGUUUACUAUCGUCUGUCAGCGACAGACGUUCAUUGAGGCAUGGUAAGAAAAAAAAUUAAAAUUAAAAAAAUAAAACAAAAGAGAAAGUUAUUCUGCUGCUACACAGGUAGUAAUCACGUUGCAUAUAGAGUCAGUAAGGGCGAGGGUACAUAACAGACCAUCUCGUUUCUGAAAUCCAAGGCUCAAUGGCUUUAUAGGACUUUUCUGAAAGACAUGUUGGAUGGAUUUUGGAUUUUGUACAGACACUGUUAAAAAAAAGUGAGGUAUGUUGUUCUUGUGAUAUUAUAGCUUUGAGAGUCUGUAUAAGAUGAUGCUUCCAUCAGUGAGGAGGGAUGGAAGUCAUUAUUCCCGUUAUUACAUGAAAAAAAAAGCAGGUAUAUUGUGUUUGUUGCUUUGUUAAACAGUCCAUGUGUUCGUGGCCGCUGCCAGCAGCAACCAAAAACCUUCAACAGAUCGAACCUCCGGAGAAGAGACGCGUACGAAGUGUACAAGCAUUGCAUUCACUUCAAUGAGUGCUGCUCCCAUUAAAAUGAAACCAACAGUGAACUGGUAUAUGAAGAUGGCUUGACGUACAAGAGGAAGACAUCUGUUCUGUUUGAUCAAUGUCAACACAGCUGGGAGUGACAAUGAAGAGUAUUCUAGCAAG